GACACAAGUCCCCGUGUUUACUCUGGGAGCAUGGGAGCGGACAUCAGGACUGUGGUCCGUGCAUUGGGGAUCUCCAUUUGCAAACCUUGCCAUCGCAAAGUCUGUUUUCAGGCAGGAAAGGAGGCAAAGUUUCUGUCAUUUCACCAGCUAAGUCAGAAUUGGAUUUCAAAAUGCGGAGCUCCAGAUCGUUCCUGUUCCAGGUUUGUUUGAGUCUGGUGGUCUCUGUUGGCUUCUGCUUAUGUAAACCUCUCAACAACGACAUCCAGAGUGAGUACGAUGAGAGGUUCUACUCUCAGCUGUCAGAAGAGGACCUUCUGGAGGAGGAAGACACCGAUGCCAGGAUGGAGAACCUCUUAGGGACCAUGAAGGAGGGCUUUUUGAGACAACUCAACCUGUCAGAUGUUCCUCACGAGCACAGCAAGAUCUACCCUCCUCAGUUCAUGAUGGAGCUCUACAAUAAAUACGCCUCAGACAGCUCGACGAUCCCUCAGUCUGAUGUCAUUCGAAGCUUCACGGUUCAAGGUACGAGAAAGAGGUGUAAAAGUUAAAUAUGUAAUGAUCUUCAGACAGCUCUUCACCUUUUAUUGUUGAUACUUACGUUUCAUUUAUGCUGUUGAGGCUAUAAAUCUAUUAUUUUACCAAGAAAAGGAAAAUAGAAAUCACUCUGAAUUAGAAUUCACUCAGUUGGAUGAAGACAAAUACUUUUUGUCAAACACAACAUUUUUGUUUAAAUAGUGUCUUAGAUGUUUGUGAGGUCAGUUAUUGACAAUUUAAAAACGGACAUAAAUGGAUGAAGACUGAGACUCAAUCAACCAAUCAUGAGGUCAAAGGUUCGAUUCCAGGUCCUACUGCACACCAGUGCAAGCCAAUGCAUCCUUGGGCAACACACUUAACCCUGAACUGCUCCCUGUGGCUGUGCCAGUGGUGUGUGAGUGAGAUUACUCAAUACAAAUUGGGGCUGAUAUAAAGAACAAAACACUGAGAACAGGAGGGAAACAGUGUCAAACACAAACUAGAAACUCACAGGACUGGACUACAGGGUAACAGGAUUAAUAGGGAACAGAAACACUAGGGGAAAUAGACAAAAUGCUCUCAAAUAAAACCAGGAGAAAACUAAAUAAACAGAGCAUAUCAUGACAAGUUGUAACACAUUAUAUCUAUCCAAAUAAUGUUUGCACACUAUAGUAUAUGGUACUAUACAUUUAUACAGUAUAACACACAUUAGUUUUAACUUUAUGAUAUCUGACUUAAUUUGUUUAUACAAACCAUUUAACAAGGUAUUAGAUCAUAAGUGCUACUUGAACAACCAUCAAAAUGUUUGGUAUGUCUAUUAUAAGCAAUGAUACAAUAUAACAAGUUAGAGAGCAAUAUUGAGUGAACAUUAUAAAUAGUUGUUUUAUUUUUUAACAGUAACAUCACUAUUGACUGAAGAUGAUUAACUAUUUAUUAAUUGUUUAUUAGCAUGUAUAUAUGAUUGUUAUUAUAAAAGAUACCCCUCCUUUUGAACCAGCGUGUUUCAUUUGCUGUUAAAUUCAAACAUGGUUAUUGAUGGGACCUCCUGGGUUUUUGUAGUGGACACUUCAAGAACUGCAUUUUUUUUCCACCUCGGCAUUAGCUUCACAUUUCAACACCAAAUGCUUCAAUUUGUCGAAAACUGUGACUGCAGUCCACUUACGUAUUUACUAUUGUUUUUGUUAAGAGCAGGGUUGUGACUCUCCUGAAUCAAAGAAAGGCAGCAGGCUAGCUUAAUCUUACACCAGACCUCAAAAUUUCAACAGCUGUUUUAAAUAAACCCUCACUUUUUUGUUUUUCUCCAACAGAUAUCACUCUUUCUGCGACAAAUGGCACAAAGACGAAACACAGACUGCAGUUCAACGUCAGCAUCCCAAGCCAUGAGAAGAUCACUAAUGCUGAACUUCAGCUCUUCUUUUUCAGAGAACCCGGGUCAACGGCCAACUCAGAUAGAUUCAAGGCCACCGUCAAAGUCUAUGAAGUGGAUUACAACAGUUUCACAUCCUCAAACCAACUUCUGGUGGGCAAAGAGGUGACAGCCUCACAGAGCACAUGGGAGACCUUCGGUGUGACCACAGCUAUUCAAAGCAGGAUCAAGUUUGGCGAGGGGGCAACAGUUUUUGAUGUGGUGGUAGAUAGCAAGGACUGCGAAGCCACUGUAAGUGGAGAGGAAGGAGUAGGGUGUUUAAAUAUGAGCAUGUCUGUAGGAGAUAACACUUCAGCAGCGUUAAUAGUCUUCUCAGAUGACCUGGGUAGUCGGAGGAGAGAGAAAAAGAAGGAACUAAAAGAAAUGAUCCUCCAUGAAGAAGAAACCAUCCUUCAUUCGGGGGCUGAUUGGACCAGAGAAGGUCAGCUUUUGAAUGAGAUCCCUGAAGCCCAACAACCUCGUAGAAAGAAAAGAAGAGCAGAGAGGGAGUACUGCCAGAGGACCUCUCUCAAAGUCAACUUUAAAGACAUCAACUGGGACAGCUGGAUUGUUGCUCCUCCAGAAUAUGACGCCUAUGAAUGUCGAGGCCUUUGUUACCACCCGCUGACAGACGAAUCAACCCCAUCAAAACACGCCCUCAUCCAGACUCUGAUCAACAUCAGGGACCCUAAAAAGGCCAGCAUGGCUUGCUGUGUCCCCAUCAAACUGGACCCCAUCACAGUGAUGUAUCAGGAGAAUGGACGCCUCACUAUAAGAUAUCUUUAUGAGGAGAUGAAGGUGGCAGAGUGUGGGUGCAGGUAGUCAGGCAGGAUUGUGAUGGUUUUAAAGUUGGAUUUCCGUGUCUUGCUUUGGUUCAGUAUGAGCAAAAUAGUCAAGGUCUAAGAAGACACAUGGAUGCCAGCUACCUGCUAUAGACUGUUGGAUAGCCACUAAAUGUGAAGUCGUUUAAAGUAAUCUAAAUACUCCUCCUUUAGUAACAACAUCCAUUACACCUUUGAUACAUAACUGUACAAUCAUGUUAGCAUCUCUGUGAGACUGACUGAUGUUUUAACCCUUACAGUUUCAUCUUGAUGUUCAUGUAAAAGCUGAAUGUUGUGCACUCAUAAUCUUCGUAACAUUCAUAAUCUGUCUUUGGUAUGCCAGCACAUUGGCUUUCACUCGAACUUGAUCCUUAGUAUGUUCACUUUGAGCUGAAGCUGGCAUUCGCAAUAAUAAAGACAACAUGGCAACCUUAUUUAUGUAUGCAAACGUGCUAGCACUUUAGCUAACACCCAAAUGCCUCUGUUAGCAUGUUAGCUCUGAACUUGAUAAAGGGAAAUAUUUUCAGUCAGUAGCCUACUUUAUUCAUGGUUUUAGUUUAACAUGAUGGCACAAUGGCUUACACCCUUGAGCUCAUGCAUGAUGUGCAAAAUAGUAUCCUGGGCAUGCGCACAAUGAUAAUGAAAACAUGAUAAUAAUAAUAAUAAGUAUAUUUAUAUCUUUUAGCAAUAGUGUGUUAGUCUGUUAGCAUUUGUUAAUCAUCCCUUAUCUAACAGUGGUUUUCAGGAAUGUCCAAGCCUUUUCAAAGGAGUCAGACAUCACACAAAGCUUGUUUUGAUGAGAUGAAACGCCAGUCAUGAUGGAAAUCAAAACACAUGGCUCUGUGUUUAAAGUUUAAAGGUUCAGUGUGUAAAAAGGAGAAUAUUUAGCAAUAUCUAGCAGUCAGGUUCCCAAUUGAAAUGUCCCCCUACUCACAACUUCAAUUACUGAGGCAAUGGUAACCCUCAAUUACAGGACGCUCCUGUGAUGUUUGACAAGUGUGAUCCCCAAUUUGUAAAAGUUCUCCGAUAUGAAGUAUGUACGUUGAGGUCGUAUCCAUACAAAUUAUUUUUUCACACAAUAACCACUUCCUACUUCUUUGUAUAUAAACCUGGUCAUCUUUCAGUACACAAAUGUGAAAAGUACUCAGUCCAUUCUGAGCUACAGCAGCCACACAACAGAGCAAGAUCACAGCCUCCAUCUUUUUUCAUUUAGGUCAUUAUACACUAAUUUUGAUAUAGAAUUUGACUUGUGAAUGUUGUUUUCCAUUAAUACCAGGUUUGUUGUGUUCAGUGCCACUUAAUACUACCCAGUGUACCUUUAAUGGCUGUCCGUUAAACUUUUUUUCCCUUUUUUUUUCAGAUUAAAGUGGAUAGAUUUUCAAUGAUAUUAGCCAAUGCUGCAUGGUGAUAUAUAUCAAACCAAUACAGAUGUUUUUUUUUUUUUUGUCAUUUCAAAACUCAACCAACAGCAAAGCAAAAACAGAACAUGCCUCCUCACUCCUCACCUAUUUGUUGAUUUUAAUCUUUCACUGUGUUGUUCAAUGUUUCCAUGAAAACAUGAAAAUCAGAUUGUUAAAGGGCAAAUAAUAUAAAACAGAACAUCAAUUGUGUAAAAUAAUGAAUAUAAAAUAAUAAAAUCAUUAACAAUAUUUAGAAUAUAAAGAACUUUUUGGCUAUCAAUGUAACAAAAACAUCACUUCAGAGGUACACGUAUGAAUAAGCAUUAUUUUGUAUAUUAAAGUUUAGAGAGUUACCAUUUCACUUUUACUAUAGUCUACAAUAGAUCACAGUUCAACUCAUGUAAAUCAUUUUUCUGUCAACAUGUAGAUUACCAAUGUGAUUUUUAUGUAAAUUUUAUUAUACAGUGUAUUCAGGGGAUCUGCAAACCAUUAUCAAACUCAUUGUUUGAAAACAUAUUUUUCAGCUUUCACUCUCUAGAAAAUGAUCACAGCAGACAUAUCUAGAGCUCAAAUGACAAAAACAACAUAGAAAUACCAAAAUAUUGUAAUAUUUUCCAAUUAAAUGUUGGUGUUAUAGUAAAAUUAUUAUUUUGAGUUUUUACAACCUGAUAAUGCACUUCACUGUCUACAACACAAUUGAGUUUACUGAAAACACCCAAUAACAACAAAUUUGAUUAUAAUAAGGAGCAUUAAAUAAGAAAAUUUGAUUAGGGUCCUCGACUCACUUUUCCUUUCUGUUUAAAACAUGUAAACUGCUUUAAAAAUUUUAUUGGCAUUUACAUCAUUUAACAUAUACGAGAUCAAGUAGGUAUCUGUUUCCAACAUUCAUCUUAAGAAGUGCUACCAUAUACAAACAACGAUGGUCAUUUAACAAUAAAACAUUAAAGUGCUCAUCAAAACUGGAAUUCGUUGUCACUGGUUCAUAAAUGCUCACUGGAUGGCAAAGCAUGAUGUAAAUAUUAUAAAUAGGGUAUUGUAAUUAAUAUUUUUAAACCCCCAUACAUCAUUGCUAUGUAGACCUGUUUUUCUUAUCUAAAAUGAUUCUAUGAAUUUAAUUAAAGAUAUCUUAUAUUCCACUAAUGAGAGCAAGCUGUGACGAUACAAGACUUUUAGUUUCCCUGCACUAGAUUUGAGCCCAUGAUCAUUGCACUCAAAGACAGGCACUCUAGGAUAACAAAAUAAGUGCUUUUUUAAUCUGUUUUGUACUCAGAGUAGUGGGGCAAUGGCUUUAAAAUGCAGAGUACAGUAUUAAGAAAUGAUGGGCGUGUCCAAAAAAUUGGCAGAGGGGAUAGUAUUGUGUAACACGAAAGGCAGAUCAAUGGUAAGACGUUAAGAUUAACUAAGCACCAUCUUGCAUUUCAAGAAGAUGCACCUGAUGACAUGUCCAGAGUCCAAAAGGACCAAGUUUUCAAUUACUGAGGGGAUAAAAACAAGCUUCUCUGUAUCAUCACAUAAAGUUUUUUUCUGUUUCCCUUCACACAAAAUGAAAAGAUGUGAAUUUAGUUUAAAAAAUGGAAAAAAAAGGAAAAAAAGAAACAUAAAUGGAACAACUGCGAGGCAAAAAAGGAAAAAAAUUAGCAAAUAAUUCAGCCUUCAGAAACAAUAAAGAUCCAUGAACCGAGCUUUUUCCUAUAAUCCGAUUAUCUCUAAGUGUAUGUGCACGUGUGUGUUUAUGUGUGUGUGUGUGUGUGUGUGUGUGUGUGUGUGUGUGUGUGUGUGUGUGUGUGUGUGUGUGUUUAUGUGUGUGUGUGUGAGCAUACACACACGAGAUUUUUUUUCUGGCAUGUGUUUUUUGAGGACUGUGCCACGUGUCUACAAACUGUGUAAUCAUGUCACCAGUGGAGCGACCCAGACAUGACCUCUAAAUCUACCGAUGGCACCAAAAUACACCAGCAGCUUUCACAACAGACGCAGAAGAAACAGUGUGAGAGUUUCUGAUCCCCUUCACACAUAAAUGAGUCCACACUUAACAAGUUUUAUCCAGACUCUUGAAGCUGUAUAUUAUCUAACAAGAACAUUAAGGAAAUGUUGGUGUGGGUUAUAUGAAAUACAAUGAGCAUGGAAAAUUGCUGUACCAGUGAAUCUGCAUUCUCAUUAUAAGUUAAAGUGAAUAAGUUGAUGUAUUUAUUACCCCCUGUAUAAGACAAGACAGCUGCUCAAAUAUAAUGGGAGUAUUUGGGAAAGAAGUGAGCAUCUGUGCUGGCUCCUAUUGACCAAUUUUUGUCUGUUAUUGUUUUCAUGUUGAUGUCAUAGCAGAUUAUACGAUUAAAGGUUUAUAUGGGACAAAA